AUGUUCCAAAUGCUCCAAACCGUGGGCCAAUUCAGUGGCAUAGCAACUGAAGAUGCUCACCUCCAUCUUGGACAAUUUAUGAAGGUGUGUGAUACUUUCAAGCUAGCAGGGGUGACUGAAGAUGCAUUGAGGUUAAAGUUAUUCCCUUAUUCUUUAAGGGAUAGAGCUCGGGUAUGGCUGAAUUCUUUGCCUCCAGAUUCGGUGGCAACAUGGGAUGAUUUGGCAGAGAAGUUUCUCAUGAAAUACUUCCCUCCAACAAAGAAUGCCAAGCUUUGGAACGACAUUACCUCCUUCCAACAAGCAGAUAGGGAGUCAUUGUAUGAAGCAUGGAAAAGAUUCAAGGAGCUAUUACGGAAGUGCCCUCAUCAUGGCAUCCCCCAUUGGAUUCAAAUGGAGACAUUUUAUCAUGGUCUCAAUGGGCAAACAAGGACUAUAGUUGAUGCCGCAGCUGGUGGAGCCAUUUUGGCCAAAUCUUACAAUGAAGCAUAUGAAAUUUUGGAGAGGAUGGCCAACAACAAUUAUCAAUGGCCAACCGAGAGACUUAAUGUGAGGAAGGCUACUGGUAUUUAUGAAGUUGAUGCCAUCACUGCACUCUCAGCUCAAAUGUCAUCCUUGACGAAUAUGGUAAAAGAAUUGCACAUGCCGGUAGCGGUAAAUGUUGUGCAAACUGCUGGAUUCUCUUGUGUUUACUAUGGAGAGGGCCACUUGUAUGAAGAUUGCCCAUCCAACCCAGCCUCCGCUUGCUAUGUUGCUAAUUUCAACAGGAGCAGCAAUCCUUAUUUGAAUCCUCACAACCAAGGGUUGAGCCAACAUCCAAAUAUGGCUUGGAGUAACCAAGGAGCGGAUUCUAGUGGAGCUAACGCGUAUUAUAGACCCACAUAUCCACCCGGUUAUUCACAUCAACAACAAAGAACACAAGCGGAUCAAUCUAGCUCUUUGGAGAGUUUGCUAAAGGAAUUUAUAGCAAGGAGUGAAGCCAAAAUCUAA